UACAAAGAUAUGAUUUUACAGUAGCAUGUUUGUUCUUAAAAGUCAAAUACAGAAUUAAAGUCGUAGUAGUAGUUGUAGUGGUAGUGCCAUAGGCAGUUCUGGAACAACAUUAGUAGUGCAUAAAACCACAAUAACAUGCUGAUUGGUCAGGAGAGUAGAUAGGGCGGAGCAUAAAACAUGAUAUUGUAACAGAGGUAGUAUAAAUAGGAUCUUGUGCAGAAUUCCCCUGCGGGCAAAGAGAUGACAGAAUACAGACCACAGCGUGCUGCUCAUAGGAGUUUGUAGAUCUUCAAACCACUGAGGGUAAUAAUCCCACCACUCAACACCAGACCACCAGUAUGGAAAUGUCCGGCACAACCGUCCUCCCCUUGGUCGGCCUCGGGUCCAUGGCCCAGUCAGCAGGACUUGCGGAGAUUGCUGUCAGGCUGUGCUUGAACCAAAGUAAACAGCUCUGUCCUCAUGUUUGGGUUCCCAUCCUGAAGCCCCAGCGCCCUUGCAUCCGUCCUCCGGUUUCAGAGCAGCUCCCCUCUGACUUCUUUAGCCAGGCCUAUCUGAGCCACCCUUUCCAGCCUUCCUUAGACGACUUGGACGACGAUGAUUUUUUCCUCCCAAUCAAAAACAAACAUGUGAUUUUCGCAGACACUCGUGGAUUGUCUCUAACAGCCGUGAGAGUGUUUUCUGAUGAAGAGGAGCACUCUGACCUCGACCUCCUGCCGUCGCUGCAGGGAUUGGGAAGCAUGACAGAGGAUGGCUACAGCUGCACCGUCAGCACCUGCUGCCCGGGAACACGGCUCAAACUGGGCUUCCCGCAGCCUUCUGCAGAUUUCCAGGCCUUUCGUGCCAAGCUGGCAGAGAGCAUGGUUAUCCUGGAGAACUGCAGCCUCACUGAACAGGCCAUCCAAGGCACCGUCCGAGUCAGGAACAUCAGUUUCCAGAAGGAAGUGCUGAUACGCAUCACCUUUGACUCAUGGCAGAGCUAUAGAGAUGUGCCCUGUACAUAUGUAAAGAAACGCUUCGGAGGGCCUCAGACGGACAUAUUUGAAUUUGACAUAGCUGUUCCUAAAGUGCUAGAUGCCAAAAGGAAGAUAGAGUUCUGUUUAAGUUAUUUACCAGGAGGGCACAGCGAGCCAUUUUGGGAUAAUAACAACGGACAGAACUACAGCAUCGCUGUGUGUGUGAGCUCACAUCUCUGUCGUGGGAAGAAUCUAAGUGAAAGGGCAUGAUUUACUCAACCUAAAAAUAACCCAGAAUUUUCUUUGACAUGAAACAUAGGUGCUAGGUAAAAGUUGAGGUGGAUUUUUUUUUUAUUAUUACAUUUGAAUUCAUUUUAAUAAAUGUUUAGAUUUCUCAGUAAGUGCUUUGUAUAAAGAAAGUCGUCUAAAA